AUGAACUUCAUCUCCACAGUCAGAAAAUUUUUCCAGGGUGACCUCUGCCAGACACACCAGAUUUAUUGCCUCAAUCAUACCACCACUGUCUUCUACUUGGAAAAGCUGAGACAGAGGGAAGAUUUUGGCAUCUACCUGAAGUGGUGUGAGCAGGAGGAGCAGUGCAGGAGGCUGCACCUGACGGAGCUGCUGGUGGCUCCUCUGCACCGCCUGACCCGCUAUCUCCUCCUCCUGAACAACAUCUGGAAGAGGAGCACUGAUGAAACAGAGAAAGAUUCUAUCUGGUCACUUGAAGAGAAAGUGGAAAAGUCCAUACAGGAUCUGGAAGGUAAAGUCAAGUGGUUGGACAACUUUCAGAAAUUCAGGCAGCUCCAUGAGGUCAUAAUUUGGCCUGAAGUCUGGGAUCAUUACAAGAGAUUCUUUGUCCCAGAGUGUUUGAAACAAAGCUUGAGAGAGAACAGCAGUGAAAACAUUUUGUCUUCAGCAAGCAGACUUCUUCAUGACAGGAGGCUGACACUGGCAGAAAGCACAAGACUUCUUGAUGUCUACCUCUUUCUAUUUGAUGAUUUCCUAUCCAUCACCAAAAUUAAACGUAACAAAAAGAAAUACGGGGGCUCAGACACAGGCUUAACCCUUGUCUGUCCUUCCCUUGCUCCGGAGCUGCAGUCAGUUGUAAGAGAAGGUGGGUUUUGCCAAGUCUUGGACCAACCCAUCCCACUGGACAGACUAAUACUGAAAAACGUUGAUGCCAUCCAUGUAACAGUUUUCAGACUGCGAAAUGCUUUCCUAAUACAGCAUGAAAAUAGAUAUCGGCAGGGCAUAGCGGUCUUCCUGCUACAAGCACAAACAGAGUCUGCCAAGAAAACAUGGAUGUCACAGAUAGAAAGAGCAAUCUCCAAUUACAUGAAGUGA